GGAUCAACCCCCCCCCGAUCACCGGGGCGGGAUGACUGUGGCCGACGGGCCCAGGAGAGUGGCCGCGGUCUCGGUGACGUGAAACUGGCGCCUUAAUCACGGUGUUGUGAGCGGAUUAGGAUGGCCGGGGGGUGGCCCUUCGGGGACGAGCUGCGGUAGCCACAAAUCCCCGCCCGUGUGUUAAGUGGGGGACCCCCUGUCUGCUCCCCCCGUUCCACCUGGGGGUCUUCUUUUGUCCCUCCCGGCAGGGUGGGAUAAGAGUCGGAUCCUGCUCGGAGGGAUGCUUGGGGUCUACUGUCUCUGGUGUCACCGGCUGGGUGCCCCCGCCGGGGCCGAGGUGACCCUGGGACCGGGUGCCCCAUGCCAGUAGGGGUGAGGAAUUUGAGGGCUGGGCGAGCUGUUCCUCCAAUCACGCAAAUGCAGGGUGCCCGGGAGGUGCCCCUUGGCACGGUUGGAUGUGCCAGUACCCGGGGUUCCGGGCGGUGGCACCGCUGGUGACAUGGACCUGAACCCCACUUAGGAGGCACCGCGGUGGCGUUUUGGGGGGCUCCUGGCGUGCUCGGGGAAGCCCCGGGGAGGGCGGUGGCUGGAUGGCGGCCACGCGGCACGAGCCGCCCUGUGCCCCACUGGUGCCAGGGGAUGCCGGGAUGCCGGUGCCCGCGUGCCCGCAGCGCCCUGCCCUGAGCCUGGAGCCUGGCUGUGCCAUGGAGGAUCCGCCCGGCACCAGGACUGAGGCGUGGGCCGAGGGACUCCAUAACGCCAACAACAAUGCAUCCCCAGGGGGGUGGCCUGGUGCCCGCGGUGGGCACCCCCUGGCAGCUUUCGGGAGUCCCGGGGCCAAGCCCAGCUACCUGGACCGCGUGGUGCAGGAGAUCGUGGAGUCAGAGCGCACCUACGCUCGUGACCUGCGCAGCAUCGUGGAGGGUUACCUGGGCAAGAUCAUCGACGCGGAGGAGCCGGUGCUGCGACCGGAGCAGGUCAGCGCGCUCUUUGGGAACAUUGAGGACAUCUAUGAGCUCAGCAGCACCCUCCUGCAAAACCUGGAGAGCUGCGCCAAUGACCCCGUGGCUGUGGCAGUGUGCUUCGUCACCCGGAGCCAGGAAUUUGCCAUCUACACCCAGUACUGCAACAACUACCCCAGCUCGGUGGCGGCACUGACCGAGUGCAUGAGGAGCAAGGUCCAGGCACGGUUCCUGCGGGAAUGCCAGGAGCGGCUGCGCCAUGCGCUGCCCCUCGGGGCCUACCUGCUUAAGCCUGUCCAGAGGAUCCUCAAGUACCACCUGCUGCUCCAGGAGAUCGCCAGGCACUUCGAGCACAAGGCGGGGGAUGACUACGAGCUGGUGCUGGAGGCCAUCGACACCAUGACCUGCGUGGCCUGGUACAUCAAUGACAUGAAGCGCAAGCACGAGCACGCCAUCCGCCAGCAGGAGAUCCAGUCGCUGCUGCUGGGCUGGAAGGGGCCGGACCUGACGAGCUACGGGGAGCUGGUGCUGGAGGGCACAUUUCGGGCACAGCGGGUGCGACACGACCGUGCCCUCUUCCUCUUUGACAAGGCCCUGCUCAUCACCAAGCGCCGUGGUGACCACUAUGUCUACAAGAGCCACAUCCCGUGCUCCUCGCUGAUGCUGAUUGAGAGCACGCGGGACUCGCUGUGCUUCAGCCUGGCACACUACAAGCACGGCAAACAGCAGCACAGCCUGCAGGCCAAGAGCGUGGAGGAGAAGCGCGUGUGGACUCACCACAUCAAGCGGCUCAUCCUGGAGAACCACCAUGCCACCAUUCCCCAAAAGGCUAAGGAAGCCAUCUUGGAGAUGGACCUGUUCUAUCCCCCACGCUUGCCCCGCUGCAGCCCUGAGCGCCUGAAGAAGAGCUGGUCCUGCCAGCCCCUGGGUGACGCUGCCACCGAGCCACUCCAGGGACGCCGGCAGUCUGAGCCCUUCCAGCACCAGGGGCACACGGAGACGCUGCUGGAGCGGCUGCAGGGACACGGAGGGCGCAGGCAGUCGGGUGUGGACAGCGGACGGGAUCAGGGGGCUCGGGGUGCUGAUGAGUUGGGGGACACGGGGGUGAUGCCACUGUCACCUCCCCUCCCCCCAGAGCCCACCAAGCACAACCUGUGGCACCUGGGUGAGCAAGGGCUGAAGGUAAGGCUGGGUGUGGUGGAUUGGGGUGCCCAGUCCCUCCAGCCCUGGCACAGGGCACUGAGCCCGGCGCUCACCCCUGCACAGAACACUGGCAGCGACGGGGCGCUCCUGGAAAUGGGGGAACCACACCAGCACUCCAGAGCCUGGGCAGCAGUUGAGGGCAUGGUGGUGGAGGAGGAGGAAGAGGAGGCUUUGGGCAAGGACUGCCAGGAGGAGUUGCCAGGGUCCAGGGAUUUGCUGUUGGAGCCCCAGGAGGAGCAGGCUGGGGAGCACCCAUGGGUGCUGGAGGGACCCAAGCGGCCGAGCAGCUGGGGGCCAGGGAGCUGUGAGAAGGUCAGUGCGACCCCCCGGCCCACACCUGGGAGUGCCCAGGGACCCAGCACCCACACCCCUAACAGCAGUGCUGGGGAGCACCCCAAGGUCCCCAAAUCCCCGUCCCUGGUGGGGACCCUGGCGCUGCCCAGCGGGGACAGGGAACCGGAGCACGCUGCGGAGGAUUUGCAGGUGUUGAGCAGUGAGGAGGAGGAAGAGGAGGAGGGGGAAGGAGCCGCCAGCAUCCUGCCGCCCUCAGUGCUGGACCAGGCCAGUGUCAUUGCUGAGCGGUUCGGCGGCGGCAGCAGCUUGUCCCGAAGGAGCAGCCUGGCACUGGAGGGGACCCUGGGACGCACCCCCAGCCAUGGUGGCAGCACCCUCAGCCUGGAUGGGGGCCCCCCACUAGAAUCCGCGGAGCCCGGGGAGUCCCGCAGUGCCAUCCCCUCUCCUGAGCCCUUCAUCAAAGCCCGCCGGGAAUCGCUGCUCUCCAACCGCGACCGCCUGCUCCUCGACAAGAUCAAGAGCUACUAUGGGCAUGCCGAGCACCGCGAUGCCGGCUUCGGGGUGCGCCGCCGCGAGAGCCUCUCCUUCAUCCCUAAGGGGCUGGUGCGGAGCUCCGUGUGUCGCCUCAAUGGGCUCCCACGGCCCCCUGAGAGCCCUGAGCCCCCCACCCAGCCCGAGGCACCAGAGCUGUGCCAGGAGAACGGGGUGCAGCCCCCCGAGCCGCUGCUCAUCCUGGAGGAGGAUGAUGUGGGCACCGCGGUGUCACCCCCAGGGCCACCUCCGCAGCUGCUGUUGACACCCCCUCACCUGGGCACCAAGGUGUACCAGCUGGCACGGCAGUACAGCCUCCGCAUCAAGAGCCGCCGCGCCGGCACCCGCCACCCCCCGCUGCCGCCGCAGGAGGAUGGGGACCCCACCCCCAGCACCCCUUCACUGGCUGUGCCACAGGACGAGGUGCCGGUGGCAUCCCCGUCGCCCCGUGCCCCCCGCAGCCCCUCAAGCCCUGUGGGCGCCGAACCCUUCACCUGGCCCGAUGUGCAGGAGCUCCGUGCCCGUUUCGGUGCCCCGCGGCCGCCGCUGGUGAGCCGCAGCCGCUCAGCGCCCGAGGGUCCCGGCCGCGGUGGGCGCCCGGCUGGGAAGGAGCGGGGCAGUGGCCGGAGCCGCAGUGCUGAGGCCAACGGGGGCUCCAACACCCCGAGCCCGGCGCCAGCGCGGUACAGCAGUGACGGGGCGCUGUGGGUAGCUGCCGAAGCCCCUCUGGGCCCGGGGCAGCGGGUGCUGGUGCUGGAGCGGCUGCCGGAGCCGCCGGCCUAUGUGCAGAUCCGCUCGCCCACCACGCGGGAGAAGAUCUGCCUGAAGGCGGUGGUGGAGCGCUGCAAAGCCUACCAGGCGUCCGAGGAGUACCGGCGGCGCUGCCCCGAGACCCCUGGCAGCCCCGAGCCGCUGCGCCACGGCCUCGUCAGGGACCUGCGGCAGAAGUUUCAGACCCUCGAUGCUGCCAGCUAGGGGCAGGAAAGGUAGAAUGGGUGUCCUGUGGACUCCAAGGGAAGGAGCACCCCCAUGGACCCUCAACCUUCCUGGAAGAAGGGGCACCACAUGGACCUCAAGUCUAGUUGGAAGAAAGGUCACCCCAUGGAUCCUCAACCUGCCUGGAAGAAGGGGCACCCCAUGGCCCCCCUGGCUGUUUGGAAGAAGGAACCCUUUGGGAACUUCCAGUCUGCCCAGGAGAAGGGGCAGCCCUGUGGACCCUCAGCCCUCUUGAAAGGAGCACCCCAUGGACCCCCAGCUUGUCCAGGAGAAGGGGCACCCCAUGGACCCCUGAUGUACCUGGAAGAAGGGGACUCCCCCAUGGCCCCCCAUCCGACAGGAAAAGGGGCACCCAUGGACUCCCCCAACCCACCUGGCAGAAAAAGCACCCCGGGGACUCCCAACCUGCUCUGGACAAGGGACACCCCGGUUCUCUCUGCCCACAGGACCUGGGGCACCCCAAGAACCUCCCACUAGAAGUACCAGCAGCCCCCCAUGCUCUGCAGGCACCCAGCACUGCACCCCACUUGCUUUCACAUCUUUAUUAGAAAAAAAAACCCAAACUGAA